UCCUGAUAAGAAGGUAUCUGAGAUUCUAAUAGGGCAGAGGCGUUCUGACGUCCUAAAGCAUAAGGUCCUUUAUCCUUAUCAAGUGUUCCGAUAGAGAGGGAGGGAGGCUUUGCAGGACCGAGAAGCUGGGAAGCCGAGGCGUCAGGACGAUGAAGGAGAACGUGGCCAAGCAGCCCGGAGGGACCAGGGAGUAUUCCCGACUAGCCGGAAGGACCAGACUUUGUGACCCGCUGCGCCUGCGUGCCUGAGAGAAAAUGCGCCCCCUGCUGGGCCGCCCCGCGAAGCCCAGCCUUUGCGGGAGCAGCUCCCGAGGGAGGGGCGGAGCACGGGCUCAUGCUGGAAGCCUCCGUUCCCGGCCGCGCUUCUCGUUCGGGGUCACGGGCUGCCUGCGCCCGGAAGGGCCCCGCUGAUUCGGGGGGUCCCAAGCCACGGCUGCUCUUGCUCUCUACGUUGAUAAGGAAGGGGAAUCUGGGCUGCAGCUCGGUCCAAAAAUGAAGGGCUGCGACCGCAAUUUGGGGCAGGAAGCAGGUCCGCGUAACGAGAGAAAAAAGCAAGGCGCGUAAAGGCGCCCCAAGGGAAAGGGGACAAAGUCCUCGGUGUCCUUCUCUGAGGAGAAGAGGGCGGACUCCAUUUCCCAGGAUGCCUAGCAGGGCAGGCCCCAAAGGAGCGUGCGCAGGCGCAGCGGCCCCUCCCACUGUGAGGCCGUUUCACAUAGGGAAGGUUGGCGCCCACGCCCCCUGCGCGGUCUCUUGACAGCCUCCAUUCUGGCGUCAUCGCGCCGGGAGCCCGCGGCGCCCCGUUGCAUUCUGGGGAGAGUAGUUCAGACGUUCCUUGUGCGCAGACUCAGAGUGGGGUCGGGCUUCCUUUCCUUACUGUGAGCGGAGAACCCAAGGCGGAAAGUACGCAUGCGUCCUGGGCUCGCGCGGCCAGAGAGCAGCCUCCACCGGGGCCGUGGGGGUCCUGGAGCGUAAGGAGGUGAGUGCGGACGAGCGUGGACGCGGUGCCUUCUGGGAGGGGGCUGCUGGGGGGCGGGGCCAGCGCCCGCGCGGCACCUCCCAUGCUCAAGAACCUUCCCGGGCUCCGCGGGACGGCGCCGGCGCCGAGCCGGGAGCCGGGGGCGUGGUGUCCAGCCACGCCCCUCCCUCCUGGGACUCGGGCCGCCCCUCCAGAGGGUCUGAGGUCCUCCUGGGCAAGGCCCUGCGCAGCCUUCCCGGCACCUUGUCCCGAAGGGCCGCGAGCCCCCGGCCACGUCCUGCCUCACGCAGGGCCUGAUGGGUGGCUCCUUGGUGACCCCCGGCGUUGCAAGGACACCGGCUGAAACCUGAGCAUUUAUGCAGCACCUACAGUAUGCCGGGCACUGUCCAGGCUGGGGUGGGGGAGAGGAAAGAAGGGGACACUCCAGGGUCAUCCGGGUCAUCAUCACUGGGGCGCUCCUACCCCACCUCCCCUUCAAGUGAGUCCCAUCAUGUCAGCGCCCCUCCCCCAAGGCUCACAGUCAGUACCUGGGGCAAAGGAGGGCACAAUGGUCAGUGCCUCCCCCUACCGGCUUCUCCACCCUCCUGCAGCCCCGCCUUCCCCGGACACUGACCUUCUGGCCAGCAUGGAGGAGAUGGAGGUGAGCACAGGCCAGAGCCGGACAGCAGGGCGCCAGGACUUGGUGACCUUCCGGGACGUGGCCGUGCACUUCAGCCGGGAGGAGUGGAGCCGCCUGGGCCCCGCCCAGAGGAGCCUCUAUCGGGAGGUGAUGCUGGAGACCUUGGAGCACCUGGCCGCCCUGGGGCGCCCAGGUCUGAAACCCGAGGUGAUCUCCCGACUGGAGCGCGGAGAAGCGCCCUGGAUGCUGGAGGGAGCGGGGCCCGGAGACCUUGGCCUGGGGUCCCUUUGUCAGGAACAGCAAUGUGACAUCAAGGACCCACCUGUGCAUCCGGCCGUUUACCUGACAGCAGCCUCCCAGAAGAGACUGCAAAAGGAAAUGAUUCAUACUGUCGAGGAACCAUAUAAGUUUAAAGAAAGUGAGAAAGCCUUUAGUUAUUUGGGAAGCUCUAAUGAUUAUCAGAAAAUUCAUACUCCAAAGAAACUCCAUCUUUUUAAUGAAUCAGGGAAAACUUUUCUUCUACCUGAGAAAGCACAUGUUGGGAAAGAAUCCUUUAAUUCUAAUGAAUGUGAGAAAUCCUUUCAGUGGGAGUGUAAACUUGCUGCACGUCACAGAAUUUAUACUGAACAGAAACUCUUUGAAUGUAGUGAAUGUGGGAAAAACUUCAGCCAAAGGUCAUCCCUUAUGUCACACCAGAGAAUUCACACUGGCAAUAAACCCUUUGAGUGUAGCGAAUGUGGGAAAGCCUUCUACAACAAAUCUCAGCUUACUGUGCAUCACAGAAUUCAUACAGGAGAGAAACCCUUUGAAUGUAAGGAAUGUGGGAAGAACUUUAGCCUGAAGUCAUCCCUUAUUUCCCACCAGAGAAUCCAUACUGGAGAAAAACCCUUUGAAUGUAAUGAAUGUGGAAAAAACUUUAGCCAGAGAUCAUCCCUUAUUUCCCACCAGAGAAUCCAUACUGGAGAAAAGCCCUUUGAGUGUAAUGAAUGUGGGAAAAACUUUAGCCAAAGAUCAUCACUCACUUCUCAUCUGAGUAUUCAUACUGGAAAGAAAGCCUUUGCUUGCAACGAAUGUGGAAGAGCCUUCUAUGACAAAUCUCAGCUCAUUUUACACCAGAGAAUUCACACUGGAGAGAAAACCUUUUUGUGUAAUGUAUGUGGGAAAGCCUUCUAUAGAAGAUCUCAACUUACUGAACACCAGAGAAUUCAUACUGGUGAGAAACCCUUCGAGUGUAUUGAAUGUGGAAAAAAUUUCACUGUGAGGUCAUCACUUAUUCAGCACCAGAGAAUUCACACUGGAGAGAAACCCUUUGAGUGCACUGCAUGUGGGAAAGCCUUCUACAACAAGUCUCACUUUACUGAACAUCAGAGAAUUCACACCGGAGAGAAACCCUUUGAGUGUGCAGAAUGUGGGAAAAAUUUCAGCCUGCGGUCAUCACUUAUCUCACAUCAGAGAAUUCAUACUGGAGAGAAACCCUUUGAGUGUAGUGAAUGUGGAAAGAACUUUAACCAGAGGUCAUCGCUUAUUAAACACCAGAGAACCCAUACUGGGGAGAAACCCUUCGAAUGUACCGAUUGUUGGAAAAACUUCAGUUGGAAGUCAUCCCUUAUUUCACAUCAGAGAAUUCAUACAGGAGAGAAACCCUUUGAGUGUAAUGAAUGUGGGAAAGCCUACUACAACAGAUCUCAACUUACUGUACAUCAGAGGACUCAUAGUAGGCAGAAAUCUUUUGAGUGUACCGAAUGUGGGAAAAACUUCAGUGAGAGGUCAUCCUUUAAUAAACAUCAGAAAAUACAUGCAGGAGAGAAACCCUUUGAGUACAACAAAUUUGGAAAUUCUAUCAUUUAUUGUACAUCAGAUAAUUCAUUCUGGACAGGAACCCUUUGAGGGUAACUAAUGGGAAAUAUUUCACUACAAAUUUCAGCUUUGUGAACAUCAGAACAUUCAGAGAAUUGUGCUACAGAGAAACCCAUUCAAUAUAAUUAUGGAGAAAGCCUUCACUUGAAAAGACCACUUUAUUGAUCAUCAGAAUUCCUACUUGAGAAAAACUCUUUGAGUCUUACAAAUCUGGAAAACUUUAGCCAGAAGUCAUCACUCACCAAACAUGAGAAUGCUGAGGAGUCAACUAAGUGGUCCAGUGGAGAGAGUUCUGUCCAUGCAGUCAGGAAUUCUGAAUUCAGAUUUAGUCUCAAGAUUCCCUAGCUGUGGGAUGCUGCACGAAUUACUUAACCUUUUCAACCUCAGUUUCCUCAUCUAUAAAAUGGGGGAUUUGGACUUAAUGGCCUCUAAGGUUUUUUCCAGCUCUAGUCUGUGAUGCUAGGAGGAAAUCCAUUUGUGUAAAGAAUGUAGGAAAGUUUUUCUACAAUGAAGAGAACUUACAAAACAAUUCAUACUGAAGGGUAAACCCUUCCAGAAUGAGUAUGGGAAAGCCUUUGGAUAUGGCUUAUGCUUGACUAUAUUAGAAAGCUCAUAUUUGAGAAAAAGAUAUUAAAACAACUCCAAAAAGGAUGUCUUGCUGAUCAAUUCCAUUAAUAUAAUUAAAUAUGAGAAAGCUUUUAGCACUAGUUAAACCUUUUCUGAGAAAGGGUCAAGAGAACUGAUACAGAAUGGAAAGAUUAUGCAAUCAGAAGAGAAUCCACUUUAUUGAAAUGUAGAAGACAAGUCAGUGAAUGGCUUUAUUUUGUACCUCGUUAUCUUCCAUACCUGUAACUAAUGGAAAACACAUAAAAUGUUGAGCGCUCAAUUGAUCAGCCCUUGGUUUUGGGGUAAAUUAUAUGUCAGGGGAGGGGAUGCAAAGGCUUUCAAAUCUCCUUUGCCAUUGGCCUUGGGGGUUCCGGGGAUGCUGCAUCUUUUGGUUGGCUUUGGAGAAGAACUGAGGGACAGGAAACUCCCCAUAAGGCUUUGCCAUAACUACCCGUUCCACUUGAAGUAGACCCACAGUCUAAAGUGACACUACACAUGGCAAGAAAUGAGCAAUAUGGUUCCCUCUUCUCUCUGCCGCGGCAUUGUGGUGGAGCACUGUGCUGGACUUGGAGCCAAGAGGGUCUGGGGGCAGAUUCUGCUCCAGAAACCUACAAGGAGGUCUGCAAGUCAUACUCUGAGCCCCAGCGAGUGAGAGGUCCAACCUCAGUGACUUCUCCGGCACCUUCUGCCUCAAAAUCUCUGAUGGAUUCAUACUGAAGGUGACCUGCAAAAAUCUAACCCGCCAUUUGUUUAGUGCAGAGCAAUAACAUUUUGUGGUAUUUGGGGAGAAAAGUACCUUCAUCUUCCUCUGGGCUUACCCCUUUGGUAUACUACAUAGCAGCAAGUUACAUUAGUCAGUGCUCUUGGGGUGAUCUCUGCAGAAUCAGUAGCAAUUAAACAACUUAAAAAUGUUUUUUUACAAAUAAAUUUCAGUAUUCAGAUGUAUGUAUAUAAGCACAUUUACAUUUCAUUAAGUUUUACUGAUGCCUUCUAUUUUUACAUCAUAAUCAUUUUUUGACAGAGCUCUUUCCCCAUCCCACAGUUUUCUCAUAAAAGUCUGGUAAGAGAAAUUGAUAAGGAUCUGAAAGAUCAUUGUCAGUGUGAGCUCUUCUGCAAAAGGGAAAUUAUCAAAAUUUGUGAAUGAGCAGCUUUCAAAAGGAGAAACUAUCAACAAUCCCAUGAAAAGAUCAUCAAGAUCUCUGCUACUUGAAAGAAUACAAAAGAAAAUAUCAUAACAGAGUCAAAUUAAGAAACUUAGUCCUAUCAGCAUGCUUAUUGGCUCAAAGAACCACAAAUUAGCAUUGUCUCUAUUGUGUUUUUAUUUAUUUUGUUAAACAUUUCCUAAUUGCAUUUUAAUCUGGUUCUCCAUAUUUCUGUGCUGCUUGAUGGCUCCUUCCAGACAGGUAAGUUUGACUCCUCUAACCCACAUAAAAUUGAGAAAAAGUAUUGAAAUGUGACCAAAUUAAGUACUGGCAUGGCUGUGGCAAACCAGGCAUGCUCUUAACCCAGCUUUAAGAGUUGUGAAUGGCUUAAAUGACAAUAUUAUUUUUAAAAAAACUCUUUGUAAUAAAACCAUUGGAAUGUUUUCUAUUUA